AGGUUAUUCGGUUGGACAGAAUGGGUUAUAUUCAAGAUCUACCUUUGUACUGUCAUUACUCAUGAGUCUAAAGUCUAGAACGACUUAACGUUGGGCAAAUUAAAUCAGACGCCGUCACUCAAAGUGCAUCUACGUGUGGAUACUUGUAAGUGUAGACAGUUGUACUUCUGGGAGGAGAGGCGAACAAAUCAUUUCAGUCAUGAUAUACAUUCGACGAGAUAAACUGAAAUUCAUUUUCAUGGUGUGUGUCCUCAUAUUAUCUGCAAGCAUUAUCUACAGACUUCUACAAACUAGUCCUGAAUCAACAUUAACACAUUUUGUAGAUUCAUCGGGAAGAGUAAAUACUGUCAAACUGAAAUCUGAUCAUCACAAAAAUGAUGGUCCCAGAGGUGGAAAAUGUGGCCUCCCAGCACCAUGCCCUAGAAGAGAUUUUGCCUUUAAGAUUUCCAGUGGUGCAACAAGCAUCAUUGGACCACAAAUAUGCUUUGAUGGGAAAAUGUUAAUAAAAAAAGAGAUAAGAGGUAAUCACCAAGGAAUCAACGUUGUUGUUAUCAAUGAAAAAACAGGUGAACAUAUCAAAACUGGCAGCUUCAAUAUGUGGAAUGGAGAUGUUCGUGUCUUGAUUGCAUUUCUGAAGUCAAUUGAGGAUGGUUCACUUGUGUUGAUGGCCACUAUGGAUGAUCCAGCCACAAAACUUAAUGAGGAGGCAAGGACACUUAUAACAGAGCUUGGCAGUUCAUACAUUUCCAAAGUGAAAUUCAGAGAUAACUGGGUCUUUGUGGGAGGGAAGAAUACAAUAACCCAAGUCUCUUUUGAGCAGCACUUAAAGAAUGACAGGAAAACCAAUAAAUAUGAAAGCUGGCCAGAAAUGAUAGAAAUUGAAGGCUGCAUACCUCAACUGGAAUAAUAUUUCAAUGGGUUUUAUUGUUAAAAAUGAUAUUGUAAGAUGAAUAAUUAUAAAUAAUGUUUAUGUCAGUGGUGUAUUUAUUAUAUAUUCUAAAUGUUGCAAAACAUUUUUUUAUUGUUUUUGUGUACCAUUUAUUAAACUGUACUCUUGUUAACUCGU